AUAAAUAAAUGUUAAAAAAAAAAAUUAAAAAAAAAAUAAAUUUAAUCAAACUUCUCAUUACCAACUUUCCCCAAUUUAUAUUCCAUAGAAAACACUUUCAAAAUGUAUAUCAUAUAAUCCAUAUUGCAAGUCGUAAAUGAAAUACAAUUAUAUGCCCAUAAUUUCCUGAAAAGUCCUUUUAAGAUCGGUUCUUAACAGAAUCAAGUGAAAUUGUAGCAAUUACGUAGGCAAAAAGAAGGAGGUGUCAUAUUUUUUUUUUGUUACUAGAGUGAAUACAAUAAUGAUUCUCUGUGAUUAAUCAAGUCUGCCAUUAGCUUGUCACUGUUAAUUCUAAAUGGUGUUUCUGACAAAAUUCCACAGUGGAGAAGUGGUUAGAUACUUCUUUAGAGUAGUGUGAUACUGGAAAAGAAGGUAGGUAAUAGGACAUCGUGAAGAGAUUGCUGCUAUUAAUAAUAGCUUGAUGAGAACUCACUGUGUGCCAGUCCCCGUGCUAAGUGCUAAUAGCCCAUUGACAAUAAUCCUGCAAGGUGUCUCGCAUUAUUGCCUCUGAGACACAGAGAAAUCCAGUCCCUUGCCCAGUCACAAAGGUAGGAAAUAGCUGAUCCAGAACUUCAACCCAGCCAGUUUGCCACUUAGACGCAUGCCCUUUAGGUUUGCAUCAAACCAUCCCUGACAGGAUUUGGCUUCUAGAACUGAUUCUACCGUUAAAGCGUGAGGUGGGCAAAUUUAUUUAAUUUUUGCUUUUAUAAUGACUUCUGAUAAUCCUUUUCCAUCCCUUGUAACUCUGAAUUGUUAUUCAUCAGGAGAAUCAAGAUUAUGACUUUUGACACCUUGAGUAGCCCUUUUCCCCGAUGGACACAAACGUGCGUGGUAUCUCUAAUGAUAUUGAGAGAUUAAUUAGCACUUUAGGACAAAUGAGUGGCAAAUUGCUGACCCAGGGUAAAUAAAGUGAGGCGCAGAUUUUAGAGGACUUGGGUUUUAAUAUCCUCGCGGUAUCGAUUUUAUUAUUUCUCCCUGCUGGCUUCUGUGAAGUUGAAGGAAGCUGGUGGCACGGCACAUCGAUUUCACCACUCUUUGUUUCUCCAGACUGGAGAGCACACAGGCAUGCACUUGUAAGAAACACUUCUCGUUUAUGAGGUGAUGCAUCCAUCUUCAAAAUGACAGGAAAUCAAGAUGAUUUUUGUCUGUGGGGCUUAAUUUAUUAAAAUGCAAUUUGCUCCUGUGCUUUUGCUCCAAGAGCCCUGUGCUAGCAAACUAGCUAUAAUUAGAUUAGCAGCCUGCUAAGCGCUGGUGACAGCCUGCGCCUCAGAGAGCAUGUGCUGGAUUCUGCAUGAGCCUCUCCUCAUUGGUUGCUCGCCCUGCUGCUCGCCAGUUUGAUAGGUUUCCACAGUACUCUUUAUGCUGCAUUGGAGACAUAGAUACAGAGAUACUCUACUGUGUUCUUGCGACGGCGGAGGUGCUUGGCUGCUGACAGUAAAGGAGGAGGAAGGCACCGGAGAGAAGGUGUCCGUCUUUGUUGUGGUUCAUCGGAGGCACCGGCUGCCGGCUCCCGGAGGUCACUGGAGAAGUUUCAGUUCAUGCUCUGCCUGCAGUCGAACACAAAGACCCGGAGGAGACUCCCACGUCGUUCGGGGAGAAGAAAGGAGGCGGCCGGGCGCAUCAGAGGCACUCGUGGCUCGUGGCCUUCCGGAGAAGGGGGCGAGCGGAUCGGAGGCGGGGGGCGCGGGGGGCGGUCGGCGAGCCGUGAGAUGAGGCGCCGCCGCCGCUGUUGCUGCUGCUGCUGCUGACGACUCCCAGACCCCAGGCUCCGUGCGCCGCCCUGCGUGCUUCAUGUACAUGUGUCUGCCCCGCGCACCCGGAGGCGCCCAGACGAGAAUCCAACACGGCUGCCGGGGAGAGGCCACCCACCAUGCCCACGGAGACGCUCCAGACAGGUAGCAUGGUGAAGCCGGUCAGCCCCGCGGGCACCUUCACCUCGGCCGUGCCCCUGCGCAUCCUCAACAAAGGCCCCGACUACUUCCGCAGGCAGGCCGAGCCCAACCCCAAGAGACUCAGCGCCGUGGAGAGGCUGGAGGCCGACAAGGCCAAGUACGUCAAGAGCCAGGAGGUCAUCAACGCCAAGCAGGAGCCCGUGAAGCCGGCCGUGCUGGCCAAGCCGCCCGUGUGCCCCGCGGCCAAGCGCGCCCUGGGCAGCCCGACGCUCCGCGUGUUCGGCGGCCACGCCAAGACCGAGAGCGGCGUGCAGAGGGAGACCCUGAAGCUCGAGAUCCUGAAGAACAUCAUCAACAGCUCGGAGGGCUCCAGCUCGGGCUCGGGGCACAAGCACAGCGCCCGGAACUGGCCGCCCCACCGGCCGGACUCCGCCGACCUGCAGCGGCACUCGUUCGCCGAGUCCCUGAAGGUGUACCCCACGCAGGGCCGCGGCAGCCCGCAGGAGGGCGGCUCCCACGGGGGCCGGCGGCUGCUGGAGCCGGCGGCCGAGUCCUUCCUCCACGUCUCGCACAGCUCCUCGGACAUCCGCAGGGUGACCAGCGCGAAGCCCUUGAAAGCGAUCCCCUGCAGCAGCUCCGCGCCCCCCCUGCCUCCCAAGCCCAAGGUCGCGGCCGCGGCCACCGCGAAGUCCCCCGAGGCCGACGCGGUGGAACCGGCCUGCGGCGUCAGCCGGAGGCCCUCGCUCCAGCGGUCCAAGUCGGACUUGAGCGACCGGUAUUUCCGGGUGGACGCGGACGUGGAGAGGUUCUUCAACUACUGCGGACUGGACCCCGAGGAGCUGGAGAACCUCGGCAUGGAAAACUUUGCCCGGGCCAACUCCGACAUCAUAUCCCUCAACUUCCGCAGCGCAAGCAUGAUCAGCUCAGACUGCGAACAGUCUCAGGACAGUAACAGUGACCUUAGGAAUGACGACAGUGCCAAUGACCGGGUGCCCUACGGCAUCUCUGCCAUCGAAAGAAACGCGAGGAUCAUCAAGUGGUUGUAUAGCAUCAAACAAGCCAGAGAGUCACAGAAGGUCUCCCACGUGUGAGACAGAAAGGCCGUGGGAAGGAGGGAGGGGUGGGUCUCUGUCUGUGCAUCCGCAGUCGUGAAGGGUGUGAGGUCUCCUUGAAGUGUUGUGAGCUUCUCCACUCUCUUUGUGUUGCUUGUUGUGCAAUGUUUCCAAGUUGCAUGCCUGUCAACAUGGGGACCGACCCGGCUUCCACGUCCACCAUCGCUGCAGAGCCCGGCUGAACGCACGUCACCUGCCAAGAGUUUGCGGCCAGAACCCAACUAGGGCUUCGAUCUUUUGAGCAAAACUGUUUACACGAAAAACGGUAGACAACUUCUUCGAUAUUUAUGUGGUUCUUGUGUUUUUCUAUCCCGCGCUAUUGUGUCUUAAUUAAAAAUCUCAUCCACUGGCUUUUAAGUUGAGAGGAGAACCGUUUCGAAGUAAAAAGCCAAUUUGCCUACACGCGAGACCCAAACGGUGGGGAAGGAAAUGGGAUCUGCUACCAAACGGAUAACAGUGACUGACCUGAGUGAGAGAACCAGGCUGGGUUUUCUGAGGAAGAAAAGCGGUGAGCCUGAUGUUAAGCGUUCGCGUAUUGGAAUUCUCCUGCCACUCGUUAAAGUAAUGGGGCAACCGUGCUACGUUCUGUGUCCGACUCCGUGUGUAAAAUGUUGGUGCUUCUGUGUAAUACUGACCCCGAGGAAAGACAAUCAGAUACAACGAGGGCGAUUAAAUCUAGGAGUCCGGGGGUUGGGGGUUUUGUUGAUGUUCUGAUUUGGGUUGAUUCCAAAAUUCCUACUAUUAAUCUUUUGACGGGAAUGGCCAUCCUAAAGCUGAUACUAAAUGUCUUAAAAAACAAAACAAAACAAAACAAAAAGGUUUUUGAUCAAGAACUGAUUCUAUGCUGAUUCUCUUCCCUCUCUCCUCCCCUUCCUGCGUUGUUGAUUUAUUUGGGAGAGGGGGGUGGGGCUUGAGCAGGUUUGAGUUCUCUGAAGACAUAAACACAAAUGGAAAUACCAGCCAUAUCAGUAUAGAGCCUCCCAUGCAGAAGUGAAUACCUUCCGUAGCUGAACCAUAUCCGAGCAGUGCGAUUGUGUUGUCUUGCCUAUGUUAUUCUCUCAGGCUGUGGACCUUUGUUACAGCUCUAGGAAACUGUAGAGACAUGAUGCCAUGUAGCUUCCCGUCCCCCCCCCCGCCCCGCCCCCCCGCCUUUGGUCUCUAGUGCUGCCUAUCACCUUAUUCCCCGUUUUCCCCAGUAACCUGUCCCGCAGGUGGUUAGUUAGCUGUGGACCAGCUGAUAGUCGCGGUGCGGUCGCAGAGAGGUAAACGUGUGGCAGUCUGCUUCAUUGCUCUGUACUCAUGCCCCGAAGUUCUCAGCAGCACUACCUUAGACUUCAUCGGCUAAUGGGAAACUUUUUAUGGUGUAAAUGCUGUAAGACUUUGUACAUACUUCAGUUGUUAUGAAAUCUUUAAGAAACAAAAAAAAAAAAGUUACGCUAAUAAAUAGCUCUGGUGCAGGCA